AUGCUCAAAUUAUUAACGAUUGCUGUUUUUGUCGUGUUCGUCACCUAUAUUGCGGCCAGAUAUGAAGAGAGGUAUGACUUAAGAAAGUUACCGUUCGACUUGAGACCAAUCACUGACUAUAUUGGUCUUUGGGAGCUGCAGUCAAAGAUCGGUAAUACUCGUGAAUUUGCUCCACCUGAUCUCAUCGAUAUCGCUAUCAAUCCACUACCAAAGUUCGGUGCUCGUGCGGCCAAUAUCACACAUACCUAUUUUGAUCAUGACAAGAAUGUGUAUCGUUUCGAGUACGGUUUCAUGCCGGUCAAGAAUGCUACGAAACGCGACCCUCGUAUCCAUGUUGCUUAUUUGACGACGAGCAGUGAAGGAUUCUCGAUGAUGGAACAAGGUACAGUGCGGGGCAACAAAUUAACUUUUCAUUUGAAGCAGUUCCUUCGAAGAACUUUCGAUGUUGGCAGUGCUGGUGUUGAUUUGGAUAUUCGUGAGUUUGAACGACAAUUUGAGCUACUUGAUCCGCAUCAUAUGAUAAUGAAAGUUCGAGCAGAAACGGCAAUUGGCAUCGAAGACUUCACGGCAAAUUAUCGAAAGAUUUUACCAUGA